AAUGCAGCGUUCUCCCAAUCGCAGCCCACAGUUCAAACGAAGUUAUCAUUAUCACUCAAGGAGCAGAGUUGUUAAAGUCAUGCCCCCAAUAGUUAGAUUUUGCCACUUAACGUGAGUGCAACUAUGGAGAACUACACCUCAGACAGCAGUGAUUGUGAUACAAAUGGAAAUAAAGUGUUCGAUUUCGCGUAUUUGCUCUUAGAUUCCAAACAACUCGAAGAAAAUCUGGACGAAUUGGGCAAGGAUCACAACAAAAGAGAAGACAUCGAGUCGAUUAUUUUACACCACAAUCAACUGACGACGUUUCCUAAAAAUUUGGCAAAAUUCACAAAUGUCCAAGUUUUGGAUAUCAGCAACAAUGGUCUUACAGUGUUACCUGACUUUUUCGAGUACUGGCAUUUAACAACAUUGGUAGCAAAAAAUAAUCGUUUCAGUAAUGAAUCUCUUCCGAAAAGUUUCACAGUCAGUGAGAGUCUAAGAGAGUUAAACUUGAGCGGAAACAUCUUCGAACAAUUUCCUGAACAACUCUUCGAAUUUAUUAAUCUAAAAUACCUAUACUUAGGAGGGAAUAAAAUCAAAACGAUACCAAAAAACAUUAAAAAAUUAAACUGCCUUCAAAUCUUGUCAAUGGGUGGUAAUCAAUUAGUGGAAGUUCCUUCAACUUUAGGUCAACUGAAACAACUGCAUGCUUUGGUAUUAUGUGAUAAUUUGAUCGAAAGUUUGCCAUCAAACAUCGCAAAUUUACACAAUUUAAAAUCGCUUCAACUGCACAAAAAUAAAUUGCGCACUUUACCGCCUGAAAUCAUCGCGCUGAAAAAUUUGACUGAGUUGAGUCUUCGUGAUAACCCUCUGGUUGUGCGUUUUGUUAGUAAUAUAAGACACAACACUGCUAGUCUAAAAGAAUUGUCCGCUCGUGUGAUAAAAUUACACCAAAUUAGAGUUGAAAAAGGCGACAUUCCUGUUAGUUUACUAAAUUAUUUAGACUCAGCCCAUCACUGCGUCAAUCCGUACUGUAAAGGAGUAUUUUUUAAUAGUCGUGUGGAGCACGUCAAGUUCGUCGAUUUCUGUGGGAAGUACCGACUGCCGCUGUUGCAAUAUUUGUGUUCGACGAGAUGCGUGGAGGACGAUGAGGAUUUGCGCCCCCCUCGAGCCUACCUGAUGAAAAAAGUAUUGUUGGGUUGAAUUAUAAACAAUAAACUUUUAAUACUUU